UGAUGUCAGCAACAACCAGUCAACAUGUAAAAUAAAUGUGAAUUAAAACACGAAAGUGAAAAUGAAAUGAAGGAUACAAAAUUAUUUUCUACUCUUCAAACUAAUCUUUCUAAUAAAAGUCCACGAAACUAACAAAACAACGAAACUCUUGUCUCAUACUGCUGCAACACGUCGAUCCUUCAUACAAAAAAGAGUGCUAGAGUAGAGAAAAGUGUAAUUUUUCUCGUAGGUUUUGUGAAGAAAGUGAUAAGCAAUUGUGUUAUCUGAAAAGCGCAGUUUCCUACACACAAAAUUUCUUGAAUCAUUCCCAUUAACACGGUCGAAGCGACGUGAGCUUUAAAUGUUUCUAUCAACGCUGAAAAAUAACACCUUUGCAGCAAAAAAUAAAGUGUCUUCGGUGUCAGCUGCCAGUCGUGUCUGCCACAAUCCCCCCAUUUUCCUUGUCAUCUGUGCAGCGUCGUUCACAGCGCCAUCGCCAUCACCAUCGCCAUAUCCAUUGCUAGUGUCUGUGUUUUCAUUGUCUUCGUGGUCGUGGACGUCGCUGUUGUCGUCGCCUUUCAUUGUCAUUGUCAAUGAGCUACGCCAGCUACUCGUAGACGAACAGCUGAUAGCAGCCACAAUCGCCAUAAGCGACGACACAACGCGCCGCAGAGUCGCAACACUCUCAGACCUCCCAAACUGCAUAAGACGCUCCGCUCACCGUUUACCAACACUCCUAUCCUUAAACGUUAGCAACAUUAGUGCUCUCACACUGUUGUGUUUGUUGUUUGUUGCGAAAACACUGUGUUUUUAUCAAAUCGCCUUAACCAAUUUGUCUCCGGCUCUGAAACAUUCGCGAAGAGUGCGAGUGUGAGAGCGCGCUUAGCCGUUGAGCGGUCGCCAUUUAUUGCGAGAGUUCAAGCUAAUGCCUCGAGUUCGUCGGUAGAGAAGCAACUCGGGAAGCAGUAGCACUCAAUGCGGGUGGCAUUGGUCACUAGGUCACUUAAAUACCAACAGGCAACAUAGCGUAUUUGAGUGACGCCUGUGAGCCAUUUUGCAGUUUCCCAUACUUUCUUUGCAAUGCCACAAAUGAAAAUGGUGAUAAUGAAUAAAACUACGUGCUAGUGUAACUAUUUCAACAACCAAAACUACGUCUACUGCAAUUAUAAUGGACCUUAAUAGUGCCGUUAUCAAACCAGCAACAAAAGCUGAACUCGUACGCUGACUUGUUGUUGUUGGCGGCAGCUGAUUUAUACUACACACACUGUUCGCUCUCAUCGCUCUCAUUUACGCUCUCGGUUUUCCAACUAUCGCGCAUGUACAAACAGCAGCAACAAUAUCAACAAAACCAUCAGCGACAACGCCGUCAAAAUAACAACUCUAACAAUUGAUUUGCAGCAACAGAAAAAGAGCAGGAUACAACAAUAAGUUGCUCGGCAGCAAAUAUAUCUUAUCGCACGACAUAAACAACAAUAGCAUCAACUGUGGAACAAUACAACAGUUAUAAGACGACGCUCGCAGCCAAAGCAACAGUGGAAGCAACAAAUUCUGCCGCGAUUUCGUUUCCAUCCACAUCGACAGCAAUCAGCAAGAACACUGGCAACAUAUAUCUCAACGACAGUAACGAUUGCGAACCGACCAGCGCAGCCGCUGCCCCAGCUGUCACAGCUGCGGCCGCUGCUGCUGCUGUUGCUGCCGCCACAACGACUGCAACUACAAUCGCAAGUGAAACAACGACUGCUGAUACAACUGAAACUGCAACUGCUACUGCUUCUAAUAUUGCUGCAUCAGUUCCUGCUGCUGUUGGUGGCGUCAACACCGUCACUGUCACAGCCACCACUACUGCCGUCUCAGCUACUGCGACCACCUCCCAUUCCGCCCGCGCCAGCUACGCCAGCCGCGCCACCCACACAAACGCCAAAGCCAAAGCUACGAGCGACGCCGACAUCAAAUAUAUUACCGACAUCGACGACACGGACGACGCAGAAGCCGUAAGUUCGCUCAUUGCCAUUCGUUGCUCGUGCAACGAGGUGAGCCACAGCGCGCACGCGAACACAAUAUACAUCGCGGAAGCGGAUACGGUCGCCGAGGCGAGAGGGCGGUCGACUGCGACAGCGACAGCGGCAGCGGUUGGUUACGGUUACGGCAGUAAUCGUCGCCCUGUGUGCACGGACAAUAAUAUGAGGAGUGGCAGUUCAGAAUUAUUACUCGAGCAGCAACAACAAGAGUUACGGUUACGUAAAAAACGAGAUCUGGCUCCAAAAAAGAAAAAUGGCAACCGGCGUUUUCGUUCGUGGCGCGAACGUGCACGCUUCUAUGGCACGUCUACGCUUGCCUUCUUCUCGGUGACGGCCGGUGCCUCGCUUCUAUUCCUGGUGCCGCUCUAUGUCGAUCCGGCGAUAUCGACACUAAGUCACGAUUUCAUCGAUAGUCCGACACUAUGCACAACCACACGUCGCGAAGACCUAAUCGGUAUAUUUAAUUGUUCGUGGAGUUCGUGUCGCGAGGGUUGCACUUCUGAUCUAUAUCGUUGUGUACAUAUUUAUGUGACGUUUAUCGAACAAAAUAUUACGAUACCCGAGAACAUGACCGAUUACACUAACUUCACCGCGGAGUGGGAACAGUCGGAGGAGGCCACACUGCUAGUGAAUAUAAAGGGGUGUGGCUAUCCGCCGACGGUUACAUGUAAAACGUUCAAUGCCUACUAUGGUGUCGAAGGUGCGAUAUUCCCCUGCUAUUAUUCGCGUAAAAAUAAAACGGUCGUGCUGACGUCGUACAAUCACGACAAUCAGGUAGCGACGAUCAUACACUUCUUUACGGUGCCAUUUGUGAUAACAGUGAUCUCGGCAAUCGCGCUCUGUGUUAUGCAUUGUGAUUGCAGGUGUAAAAAGGAUCACAGCCAUCGAAGGAAUCGGGGGCAAGGCCGCCGACCGCGUAUCGAAAACCUUAGGUGA